AUGUUUUUGUUUUCUUUCUCAAUUUCUUAUUCAAUCUUUUUUCUCUUCUUUUUCCACGUCUUUCUUCACUCCCCUUUUUCCCGUCUUUCUUCACUCCCCUUUUUCCCGUCUUUCUUCACUCCCCUUUUUCCCGUCUUUCUUCACUCCCCUUUUUCCCGUCUUUCUUCACUCCCCUUUUUCCCGUCUUUCUUCACAUCUUUCUCCUUUUUCCAACCCUUUUUCUUCUUCUUUCAACUCUUUUUUCUUCUUCUUCUUCCGACUCUUUUUUCUUCUUCUUCUUCUUCCGACUCUUUUUUCUUCUUCUUCUUCUUCCGACUCUUUUUUCUUCUUCUUCUUCUUCCGACUCUUUUUUCUUCUUCUUCUUCUUCCGACUCUUUUUUCUUCUUCUUCUUCCGACUCUUUUUUCUUCUUCCGACUCUUUUUUCUUCUUCUUCUUCUUCUGACUCUUUUUUCUUCUUCUUCUUCUUCCGACUCUUUUUUCUUCUUCUUCCGAUUCUUUUUUCUUCUUCUUCUUCUUCCGACUCUUUUUUCUUCUUCUUCCGACUUUUUUUUCUUCUUCUUCCGACUCUUUUUUCUUCUUCUUCCGACUCUUUUUUCUUCUUCUUCCGACUCUUUUUUCUUCUUCUUCUUCUUCCGACUCUUUUUUCUUCUUCUUCUUCUUCUUCCGACUCUUUUUUCUUCUUCUUCUUCUUCUUUUCUUCUUUUUUCUUCUUCUUCCGACUCUUUUUUCUUCUUCUUCUUCCGACUCUUUUUUCUUCUUCUUCUUCUUCUGACUCUUUUUUCUUCUUCUUCUUCUUCCGACUCUUUUUUCUUCUUCUUCCGACUCUUUUUUUCUUCUUCUUCCGACUCUUUUUUCUUCUUCUUUUUCCGACUCUUUUUUCUUCUUCUUCCGACUCUUUUUUCUUCUUCUUCUGCAUUUCAAAAGUCAAGUGCAUAUCACAUGGUGUUAGUGUUUUUUCUUCUUCUUCCGACUUAUUUUCUUCUUCUUCCGACUCUUUUUUCUUCUUCUUCCGCUCUUUUUCUUCUUCUUCUUCGACUCUUUUUUUCUUCUUCUUCUUCUUCCGACUCUUUUUUCUUCUUCUUCUUCUUCUUCCGACUCUUUUUUUCUUCUUCUUCUUCUUCCGACUCUUUUUUCUUCUUCUUCUUCCUUUUCUUUUUUCUUCUUCUUCUUCGACUUCUUUUUUUCUUCUUCUUCUUCUUCCGACUCUUUUUUCUUCUUCUUCGACUCUUUUUUCUUCUUCUUCGACUCUUUUUCUUCUUCUUCCAAACUCUUUUUCUUCUUCUUCCGACUUUUUUUUCUUCUUCUUCUUCUUCCGACUCUUUUUUCUUCUUCUUCUUCUUCUUCUUCUUCCGACUCUUUUUUCUCCUUCUUCUUCCGACUCUUUUUUCUCCUUCUUCUUCCGACUCUUUUUUCUCCUUCUUCUUCCGACUCUUUUUUCUUCUUCUUCUUCUUCUGACUCUUUUUUCUUCUUCUUCUUCUUCUUCCGACUCUUUUUUUUCUUCUUCUUCUUCCGACUCUUUUUUCUUCUUCUUCCGACUCUUUUUCUUCUUCUUCUUCUUCCGACUCUUUUCUUCUUCUUCCGACUCUUUUCUUCUUCUUCCGACUCUUUUUUCUUCUUCUUCUUCUUCCGACUCUUUUUUCUUCUUCUUCUUCUUCCGACUCUUUUUCUUCUUCUUCCGACUCUUUUUUCUUCUUCUUCCGACUCUUUUUUCUUCUUCUUCUUCUUCCGACUCUUUUUUCUUCUUCUUCUUCCGACUCUUUUUCUUCUUCUUCCGACUCUUUUCUUCUUCUUCCGACUCUUUUUUUCUUCUUCUUCUUCUUCCGACUCUUUUUUCUUCUUCUUCUUCUUCCGACUCUUUUUUCUUCUUCUUCCGACUCUUUUUUUCUUCUUCUUCUUCUUCCGACUCUUUUUUUCUUCUUCUUCUUCUUCUUCCGACUCUUUCUUCUUCUUCUUCUUCCAACUCUUUUUUUCUUUUUCUUCCAACACUUUUUUUUCUUUUUCUUCCAACUCUUUUUUUUCUUCUUUUUCCAACCCCUUUUUUCUUUGA